ACUCAUCAAUGUGAGUAAUUUAUUCAGAAUCCAUUAAGAAAUUCCAUACCGCAUAUGUGAUAAACAAUUUACUGAACUGUGAAUUUUGCAAAGCUAAGCUUGAACAUUCAAAGAAUAUUAAUAUAGAUAUGGAAACGAGCACAAUAGCUCUGUUGUAAUGAACUCAUCAUGCAGAUGUAACUUUCCUGGUGUGCUCCUCAGUGAUGCAGUUUUUAAUAUUACAGUAUUUAAUGCAUCAUUUAUUUAAGACUUGAAAUAGAGCUUGCAAAAGUGAUCUGUUUUCAGUUUUACAUUUGUCAACUUUCUUAACUUCUACGCGUUUAAAUCCUUAUAUCUAUUUUUUUUAAAAAAUCUUUUCUAUGAGGUGUCUUGGGUUUGGCUGGAUUGUUUUCAUCAUAUUUUGAUUGUUCAUCACAAAUUGUUCAUCAAUUUUGAACAAUCUGGAUCACUUAACCCACAAAACAGAGAAGCAGAGAAUACUUUCUUUCCUACCAUUACUUCAAAUGGCAAACCCGGAAUACCACAAAUCUCUUGCAUCCAAUACUUCUUAUGUCUAAGCAAACAUCAGCCAGGCAGAAAAAUACCCUGUGGACCUCUUACAGCAAAUCUAUAUCUGUCGAUGAGUGAGACGCAAUGUGGAUUAUACUUUUUAUCACAACAACCCUCUGUUUUUCUAUGUCCCGAGCUGGUGACUUCUGUGAAAAUGUUCUUGGUGAAUGCCGAAAAAGUGAAUCAUGGAUAGGUUGUUAUGAGGAUCGAAUUAUGACCUGCAAAGCAGGCCGCUUCAUGACAGGCAUCAACCAACUCAAAGUAGACUCGCUUCAAGAGGUUGAUGUGAGUCCUACAUUUGAACAUAGAGUUCACAUCCCAUCAUCAGCUCUACAAGAAAGUAUAGGAAAUGUGUCUGAGGUGGAGGUCUUGGUGGUGGCCUCUGUAAUUAACAGCAGUUAUUUUAAGCUGAGUCCUCCCCAAAGAAGUAGGAUACAACAAAUUCAAGUGUUUAGGGACUCAGUCGUAUGUGUGCGGGCAGGAACCCGUGCAGUCAAGAAUCUCUCACAACCAAUCACGUUAACCUUUAAACACAACAAAGAGGUUGAAAGUGGAACUUGUGUAUUUUGGCAGGAAACAUCAGCAGAGGAUGGAACAGGUUACUGGAGCAAUGAAGGCUGUGAAACACAUUACACGGCACAUGAAUUUAUUUGCAGCUGCAAACGUCAGAGAUUCUUUGCUGUGCUUGUGAAUCCAGGAAUAUCGGUGACAAAAGCUCAUGCUGACAAGCUAAACUACAUCACUUACAUUGGAUCAGGACUCUCCGCCCCCUUCGCAUUGAUCAGUUUGUUCAUCUAUAUUUAUCUACAUCGGCGGCAUCCUGAGAAAUCCAUAAGUCUGCACAUGCAGCUAACAGCGGCGAUGUUCUGCCUCCAUCUCACCUUCCUGCUGUCCAGUCUCCUGGUCCAACUACUGAAGGAAAAAGAGGACAGCUCAUCUUGCCUGGUACUGGGUCUGGUUUUACACUGGUCCCUGCUGGCCACCCUGACCUGGAGUGCUCUGGAGGGGUUCCACCUCUACCUUCUGCUCAUCCGGGUCUUUAACAUCUAUGUGAGGAGGUACCUGCUCAAACUCAGCCUGAUUGGAUGGGGUUUUCCUACAGUGGUUGCAGCUGUUUGUGGGAUUUCACGUGUUUAUGGCAAAUACACUCUGAAUUACAGCGACAGCAAUUUAACACAACACAUGUGCUGGAUAAGCGACAAGUCUGAACAAAAGCUCCUCAUAGUCAGCUACAUCACUACCGUGGCCUUUCCUUUCUUCGUGGUCGUGUUCAAUGCCUGCAUGCUGGGGCUGGUGGUGUUUAAGAUUUGGGAUCUAAGAAGAGGUGCUAGAAACUUUGGAAGCAGCAGUGACUGGAAGAAGAUAAACAAAGAGAAAAGAAAGAGGUUAUGGAAGGACUGUGUCACAGUGCUGGGCCUCAGCUGUGUGCUGGGGUUACCUUGGGGGUUAGCCAGCACUACAUACGUUUCACUGGGAGGGAUCUACAUAUUCACCGUAUUGAACUCCCUUCAAGGUUUAUUCAUUUUCCUGUGGUCUGUGGCUUUGGCCUGGUCAAACUCUCAAACUGCAAAUAACUCAUCAAUCAGAGACUCUUCCUCUCAGAAAAUGAUGACUACUAGUUUCAACAGCAAAAACUGAAAAGACAAAUGUACUAUCUAUGACCUAUAUUAGGUGUUGCGCUUCUAUUUAUAUGUAGUUCAGUAUAACUAACAAUUAAAAAUAUAUACACAUUUA